UCUUCUCUACUUUCUGGCUCUCUUGCUCUUUGUUAGAAUUCUUAUGUUGCAACGCAAGAGGCUGCCGCCAUCUCCAUGGGGUUUGCCAUUGAUUGGUCAUCUCCAUCUCUUAGAUCGAAUGAUUCACCAAUCUCUUCAGAAGUUAUCCAACAAGUUUGGGGAUGUUAUGUUCUUGAGACUUGGCAUGGUUCCAGCCGUUAUUAUUUCCAGUCCAGCUAUGGCGAAAGAAGUACUCAAGACUCAUGAUCUGAUCUUUAGUUCCAGACCAUUUGUAUUAGUUGGGCAGUAUGUGAGCUAUAACUUCAAGGGGCUGGCAUUAGCUAGUGGCGAUCAUUGGAAAAACGUGAGGAAGAUCUGCACUACAGAGCUUUUCACUGUAAAGCGUAUAGACUCCUUCUUAUGGGUAAGGGUUGAGGAGCUUUGUUAUUUGAUCUCAUCUCUCGCGAAAGCUCCUAAAGGUGUUGAUAUGAGAGAGCACCUUACAGUGCUUACAUUCAAUAUCACGAGCAGAAUCCUCAUGAGUAAGAGAUUCUUUGGAGAGAACUUGGUUGGGGAGGAUCUAACAGAUGCCAAAACAUUCAAAGAAGUGAUGCACGAAGUCGCUGAAAUUGGUCUCCAGUUCCAUAUAGGCCAGUUUGUUCCGGAUUGGCUUCGAUGGAUCGACUGGAGCAUACCACGGGUGAAAAGGAUCUUUGCCAAGGAAGACAAGUUCUUCGAGAAGGUCAUUACCGAGCACAAGAAAAGUGGAGGAUCACGUCCACAACCUGAUUUUACAGACAUUUUGCUUCAGCAUUACAAAGACGAGGAGGUUGUCAAAGGCACUCUAAUGGAAAUUCUAAUAGCUGGAAUGGACACAAGUGCUUGCACAGUAGAGUGGGCCUUACUGGAACUUGUCAACAAUCCAGAGGUAAUGAAAAAGGCACAAGAAGAACUUGAUGUAGUGGUGGGUCGAAAUCGCAUGGCUACCGAAACCGAUUUCUCAAAGCUGACAUAUCUUGAAGCUGUGAUCAAGGAAACUCUCAGGCUUCACCCUCCCGUUCCAAUUCUAGUGCCUCACAUGUCAAACAGAGCAUGCGUUUUGGCUGGUUUUGAUGUUCCCAAAGGAGCCACCACCAUUAUUAAUUUCUACUCCAUUAGCAGGGACCCAAAUGUGUGGGAACAUCCCACAAAGUUUUGGCCAGAGAGGUUUGGGCAGAUAACAGCUGAUGUUAAAGGGCAGGACUUUGAGCUGAUUCCCUUUGGAGCUGGAAGAAGAAUGUGUCCAGGAAUGUCACUUGGCCUCAAGACUGUCCACCUUGUUCUCUCAAACUUGCUCCACAGUUUUCAUUGGGAGCGUGUUCCUGGAGAAAGCUACAAUUUGGAUGAAGGUGUUGGAUCAGUGACUUGGCCAAAGUCGCCAUUGCAGGCACAGCUCACUCCAAGGCUGCGGAACCUGGAUGUAAUUUUCAACUUCGCUCAAUGAAA